AUGGUGACAUCGCGGGCCGGGAGGCGGCUCCUCGCCCGUCGCUCCCGCUCACUCCCGCCGCCGGCCCGUGGGACGGCGGACAGCCGGGGGCGGGCUCAGGGCGCGGCGGGGCGCGGGCAUGGCUCCGGCGGCGGCGGCGGCGGCGGCUGGCUCCUCCCCGCUCGUCACUGCUCCGAGAGGUCGCGCCCGCAGGGCUGCCCGGGCAGCCGAGAAAGGGAAGUGGGUGGGGAGAGCGCGGGGAAGGGGAAGGGACGAAGGGGGAGGGGACGGAGCGCGGCCGACCCCGCCCACCCCCACCCCACCCCCUACGCUGGGCUCGCGGCGGGAAGUUGGGACGCGCUGGGGUCGCGCACCUCCCGGCUGUCCCCGGCUGCGCAGCUCCGGGAGGAGGAAACCCACACGCCUCGGACGUCCUUUUCACACAACUUUCGGAGAACCGGGAAGUCCUCUCGCUCAGGCCAAUAGAACAUUUUAUUCAAACGGUUUGGACGGUCUCCAAACGUCUGGCAUCUGAGUCAGGUGGGUAUAUUAUCCAUUGCUGUGUAACAAAUUAUCCCAAAACUGAGAAGCUUAAAACACCGGUUUCUGGGGGUCCGAAAUCUAGAGCAUCUUAGCUGGGUGCUCUGGCUCAGGUCUCUCUUGUUGAGUUCAAGCCUUAGCUGGGGCCGAGGCCAUCCCAAAACUGGAGUGGGACUGAAGGAUCCCCUUCCCAGCUCACUCCCAGUUUGUUCCAUACAGGCUGUUGCACU